AUGUCCUCCUCCAACAUUUCAAUCAUACAAAGAAGCUUGCACCACUGUAACUCUUCUCCUUGUUUAACGACUAAAGGUGCCACCACUUCACGUAUUUUGUCUUCUUAUGCCUCUCCCAAUCCUCCCCAACAACUACCAUCAUCUCCCUAUCAUCAUUUGUCAAACAAGCAAAUCAUCAUUCCCAAACCUGUAAAGGUGCUAAAUGUUUCCACUCCAAAACAUUCUUUAUCAACACGAAGCAGCAGCGGUGAUCAUCAAGACAAUUCAUCUCCUUCCACUUCUUGCCAUCCAAAAACAGCCUCUCCAUCCAAGCCUGCUUCUCCACGAGGAGGCCUAGAUUCUCACUCCCCGCAAUUCUCGACAGGAACACCAGAACGACUUGCCAACGAGGAAUUGAUCAAGAUUCUCUCAAGAAAUUCAUCAUCUGCAGCCUCUACUGCCAAUCCUGCGCAAGUGCAGAUCAAUGAAGAAGGCAAGGUGAACCCAAGCAGUUCAUCCAUGACACCCAAACACCAAACUUCGAGACCCUCUGCUUCUCCUUUCUCUCCUCAUACGCUAUUGCACGACACUCCAUCUAGAACAUAUUCGCCACCCACUAUCGAACUGGAAAUUAAUGAAUCAAUUUUCAAUGAAAAUCACCUCGACGAUGACGAUUAUGACGAUGUGUUUCCUUACAGCGAUGAAAACUCGAACAGCAUUCCUAGUACUUUUGGUUAUGACGACGCAGAUUUCCACACAAUGCGUUCAAGUAGCCACGAUCACAGAAAGAAACGUAAUUUUGUUACCCAAGAGGACAUUUCUUUCUUGAUCGAGCUUCGAACAAGACCAAUCGAAAAGUAUCAUCUGUCAUAUGAUGAUCUCGACAUGGCAGAACCUCAUCACGAAGGUCACAAAUUUGCUGGUGCUGAGCUUGGAUUGUUGAACUUCUCUCCUCCAACUACUUGCAAUAGUAUUCUUAACUUCUAA